AUGUAUGAUGGUGCAGCUGAUGCUGCCCCACGAACGUAUGCUGAUCCUCCUCGCUCCUCACGCACAAAGCAGCAGAAGCAUGUCACUUUUGAACUUCUCCUACCAGAAGGUCAGAACCGUGAGCACCGUGCUCGUCUUCCCAUGCGCGUCAUGAUCUCUCCCCAUGACACUACGGACUCGAUCAUCACAACGGUGCGCAAUUUCUAUGGCCUGUACGAGGGACCGGGUGUCAGCUUUCAGGACAAGGAAGGGCGCAUCCUAAUCGCGACCUUUGAGAACUUCGAGCACAACAUGGUCGUCUACGUACGUAUGACUGCUCCUGAUCCAGCUGUGGCAGCUGCUACUAGUCAGAUCCGUUCGGCUACGACGUCUCCUCGCAAGCCCAAGUUGGCUGCUCCAAUUGACAUGCGCCCGCCAUCGCGCAACUCUCGUCCUGCGUCGCGCGCAGCUCCUGGAAGAAGCCUCUCUCCUCAAUCAAACCGUAGCCAUCGCAGCAUGUCCAAGCCACAAUCUCGCAGCGGCUUCCGGUCCAAGGACAAAGAGAGCUUGUAUGAUGAUAUGUAUGCUGGUGACACUGAUUAUGACAGUGAUGGUGCGCACAGUCGUCGCUCCAAGAUCGAGCCUCAUGCGAGUGCAGAGAUCAGUGUCGAGAACAUUGUCGAGGGUGGCAGGAGGAAGCGGGCUAAGUUUGACAGCUCGGAACUUCCUCUCUUUGUGCCUCCUCAGGUGCCAGCGGCGAACUCCAUCUCGUCCAUCUCCCCCCAGCGACGCCCUGCUAAUGGCGACAUCGUUGCGUCUCCCUUCUCUUGGUCCAACCAACGCAACGUCACCUACCAGCAGCCUCUUCCGUCACCCCAGAGCUACACUGGAUACUAUGGCAACAUGCAGACCCCAUACAACAACACGACUUUCCGCAGUCGUCCUGUACCCACCUUCCAGCCUCGCUCGUCUGUUGGAGGUGGCGCCAUCUUGCCAACUCCUGAGCCCACCAACGCCAGUGUCAUCUCGGACGAAGAUGUCGCUCUGCAGCUCAUGCGCCUCGGUGAUGCUUCCAACUUCUCCCACGGCCGUACCUCAACCUCGACUAUGGAUGACGGCCUAAGUGGCAAGGCAGAUGCUGCUUCCUCGGCUGGCGAGGAAAGUGACGCUGUCGAUGAGGAACCCUCUAAGCCUCAGCAGCCUGCUUCGCAUGUCGCUGGGCCGCGCAGGAAGAAGCAGCGCGUGCUUGACGAUGUACUUCCAAGCACUGACAGCAUUCAGUCCAGUGGGGACGAUUACUCUGAGGUCGAUAGCGAUGUCCCAGAGUAUGAUGAAAAUGGCGUUCACGUCGCUCGCGCCAUGUCCAAGGCAAAGGGUCUGCCUAAUGGCAAGCCUCGCGACAGUGUGUCUUCUAUUAAUGGCACCAAAACCGGCAAGAGCCGUGGUCCUGGACCGGUCAAGUCCAAACCAAAGUCGAACUCGACCUCGUCUUCGGCCAAAGUGCCGAUCUCGCCAGCCUCUCUUCCAUCGCAGUCUCGUAAGACGUCGGCUGCUUCCACUAUCAACUUCCAGCAUCAGCUCGGCGCUGACGAGGAAGAUCUAUCAACCAAGCCACGUUGCCAGAGAUGCCGCAAGAGCAAGAAAGGUUGCGACCGUCAACGUCCCUGCGGACGCUGUAAGGAUGCCGGCAUUGGCAUCGAAGGAUGUGUCAGCGAAGACGAGGGCAAUGGUCGCAAGGGACGCUAUGGUCGUCAUAUGGGCGUGCCGGUUAAGAAGACUGAGCUGGCUUACGACGCUUACGAUGCUGUCCCGAUUACUGCCGCUGGUGGUACUGGCGAGUUCCUUGCGCCUGCCCUUCCUGACAAGAACAAGAAGAGGAAGCGUUGA